AUGCUUUUCGCUCGUUCUCCUCUGCGGGCAGCUGCCGCUACAGCCUUGCUCUCGCUCGUCUCGGCUCAGACCUUUCAACGUCUUGGAACCUGUCCCACGCUGGGAUGUGUGAUUCCCCCGGACCAGCAGGACUUUCUCGCCGGCCAGUACUUCGAUAUCCGCGUGGAAGUGCACGCCCCGGUCAAUGGUAUGCGCUCUGAGCUUCAUUCAUCUGGCGACAUACAUCUGGCUACAUUCGCUGAUAUACGCUUCCUGCGGCAGGCUCGGAGAAGAACCGAUACAACGGUGUGCCAGACACCAACUUCAGCCUUACGAUCAACAAGAAGGGCGCGGCAGCACAAAAGGCGAGUCAGUAUUUUGGCGUUCAAGAGCCAAAGCUCGAGACAUGGGAUUUCGGCUGGUAUGAGUACGUCUGCGUCUCCAAUGCCUCCCUGACGGCCUGAGCUGAAGCGCAACACAGAGAUUUGUUUGCCUCGGACGCAAAGACACCCUCGCACGUCAACGUAGCUUCCAAGGCCUGGCGCAGAGUCGCCCUCUACGAACCGGGAGACUACGUGGCCACUCUACGCUACAACAACGGGACGACGACCGUUGCGAACUGGCACGUCCGUGAUAUUGAGCAGGUCCGCAAGACCAAGAACGUCCUCCUCUUCAUCGGCGAUGGCAUGACCACGAACAUGAUCACGGCCGCCCGCCUGAUUGCCCACAAGUCCGUCAACGGCAAGUACCAGAGCACAAUGGCCAUGGACAAGUUCCCAGUCGUGGGCCAUCAGAUGACGCACUCCAUCGACAGCUUCAUCACCGACUCGGCCAACUCGGCAAGCGCUCUGUACACGGGCCACAAGUCCAGCGUGAAUGCCAUGGGGGUGUACGCCGACUCGUCCCCAGACCCAUUCGACGACCCCAAGGUUGAGACCAUCGCCGAGAUCUUCCACCGCAUGUACAAUGGCCACCUGGGAAUCGUCAGCACUGCUUACCUUGCCGACGCCACACCUGGAGCUCUUACGUCCCACACCAGAGAUCGUGGCGAGUACGGCCAUGUCAUCGACAGCUUCGUCCACGGUAUCGUCAACUACACCUGGACCGAGUGGAGCGGACCUGACGUUCUCCUCGGUGGUGGUGCAGAGAACUUCUGCGACCCAAAGCUCGGUGCAUCGAGUGCUUCCACCUACCGAAACCUGGACUACUACAAGGUCUUCCAGGAUGCCGGCUACAAGACCGCCUUCAACCUGAGCCAGUUGGACGCCGCCUCUGACAAGGACCGGCUUCUCGGUGUCUUCUCUGUCUCCAACAUGGACAAGUGGUUGGACCGCAAUGUCUUCACCGACAACACUCGUGGAAACAAGAACUCCCCGACCUGCGACAAGACGGAUGCGGCCAACCAGCCCGGUCUCAAGGAGAUGACCCUGAAGGCCAUUGACAUCCUCAACACCCGCGCCGGCGACCGCGGCUGGUUCCUCAUGUCUGAGGCUGCUUCCGUCGACAAGAUGAUGCACGUCCUCGACUACGACCGCGCUCUUGGCGAGCUUCUGGAACUCGAUGACACCGUCAAGGCUUCCAUCAACCACCUUGAGCAGUUGAAGGCUUUGAACAACACUCUCAUCCUCGUCACCUCUGACCAUGGUCACGGGUUCGACGUCUUCGGCAGCGUCGACACCCAGUACCUCAACCAGCAGAACAACGACCGCAAGAAGCGCGAGGCUGUUGGCACGUACCACAACUCUGGUCUGUCUCAGUACAUCAACACUGGCAACCUUCGCUACGCCGACAGCAACUUCCCAUCUAACUGGGUCAGUGGUCCAAAUGCCAUGGGCUCUUGCAGAAUACGGGUAUGCUAAUCCUCUUCCAGGACCCACGCUACACUCUCGCCCAAGGCUUCGGCGCCAACCCAGACCACCGCGAAAACUACCAGGGUACGUCCCUUCCCUUUCCCAUUCAAGAUCCGAAGUCCCUUGACUGACUGACUGACUCCCCUGCCACACAACAGUCCACAAGACCGCCCCGCGCAAGCCCGCCACCAACAUCACGGGCUUCGCCUCCAACAACUACUUCGCCAACCCCUCCGACUCCCCCUCCGGCUUCCUCGUCAACGGCACCCUCCCCACCACCGCCGACCAAGGCGUCCACUCCCUCACCGAUGUCGCCGUCUUCGCCAUGGGCCCCUGCCAGGCCCUCUUCGGCGGCGUCUACAGCUCCAUCGACAUCUUCUACAAAAUGUCCGAGUGCCUGGGCCUCUCCCAGAAGGCUCGUGCCGGCAGGCCCAAGAACGCGAAAAUCAACGGGCCAGACAACCGGAGUAAGCGCUUCGGAGGCCAAUUCGCGUAUACCAUGUAUGACGAGCAGAACCCACGCUACGCCGGCACAGAUGGCUGGGAUAAGGGUGCGGUGAAGCGUGAUUUCAGGGAGAGGCAGAGCUAUCAUUAA